AUGGCGCCGCGAAUACCCAUGCUGCGCCCGGCGCUGCUCCAGCGUCCCUUCUACUGCACGGCGCGCCCGUACUCGACGAAAGCUCCGAACCCUACCAGCCAGUUCUACAAGACAUUUACCCGUCCGAUUGCCAAAGUCGUCCUCGGCGCCGUCCUUACAUAUCAGCUCGUGUACUGGGCCUGGGUAAAACUUGAGACGGACGAGAUAAUAGCAGACACAGCCGAACGCAAGGUGGAUGAAUAUAAGAACAAGACUGCGUCCGACAGCAAGCCAAAGGGUUCAUGA